GAGAGAGGCAGAGUGCGAGUGAAAAGAGAGUGGCUGUGCAACAAAUAACGCGGUCACUUUCACAAGCCGACCCAAAAGUGCAGGCGGCAACAAAUGAACUCGCAGCUUUUGCUUGCAAAAUAAGCUAGAUGUCAACAACGACAACAACAACAACAAAAACGUUUGUGUAACUCAACUACUUAAAGUGUGUAAAAAAACGACCUUUCCUCAUGUCACCUAAUCAAAAUCUAAAAUUUGCACUACAAUCCCAAUUUGUUUCCUACUUUUUUAUCGCUGUGGUUUGACAUUGGUCGGACGUUUUGGCUUGUCGGGUAUCUACUACAUACAUAUGUAUGUACAAAUGUACGUUCGCUCGUCGUACACUUUUGUUAUGCAAAAUUCCGUGUGAAGCAAUUGUGUCGGGCACGUCAGCAACAAGAAAAUUAGAAACAACAACAGAACAACAUUAUUGAAUGUGGUGGUUAUAGCGCCGUUUGCGUUCCAUCCGUCCCACAUGAGUGUCGUCGUGAGCCUUUUUUGUUGGUGUACAACAUGCAUCACCACCAUCGUCGUAUAGAUAAUGUCGAUGUUGUCUUUGAUGUGGACAACGACAACCCCAGAUUUGUUAUCCUUAACCAACAAGAAAUUGUAACCAUAUCCAACAACAACAACAACAGCAACAAUAAACAAAGUAACAAAAGUAAUAAGAAAAUCCAAAUUUAUACUACUCGCACCACCACCUUGCCAGUAAAAGUAGUAACAACAAACACAACCAUUGUAACUGUCAUCGUCGCGGUCACAGUUAGCAUAGACGUCGUCAACGCCAUAGUCAACCGUGACAGGAGUUACGUUCGCGUCACCUUCACUACUAUCGCCGCCGACAAAGUGAAACGGGAACAAUCGCGCGCUAAGUCAUUUAUCGUCGUUGUCGUGGUCGUCGCUAUCGUGCUCCUCGUGGUCGUUUUCGUAGUCGCCGCCAUCGCGUACAAUUGGCUAUUAGCCUUGUUGUUGUACAUCUCGUUUUUGUCCAAGUCAAUGCUGUCGUUGUCACCUUUGUCGACCUAAAAUUGUCAGUUGCCGCUGACCGCGACCUCAUCAGCAACACUAAUAAAACUAACAAUAAACGCAAAUAAAGAAACAACAACAACAACAACAACAACAAUACGAGAUAAAAACUAUUACGAAAAUCACAAAACCUGUGCUGCGCAAGCAACAAAUGGUAUUUGUGAAAAUCGCAAAAGUGCCACACACGGAUCAGUCAAUUUGGUGAUACUGCUGGAUACGUCAGUGUACCAGUGAAUGCCAGCGGCUGCAAGCCGCAAAAAAAAUUGAAGUGAUAAAAAGUGUGUGAAGAGCAGCAACAGCAGAAUCAGUUGCAAAAAAACCGCGCGUGUGUGGCGUAUCGAACCUACGCAACACGUAACAAAGAAAAAAAAACCGAAGAAAACCUGGAA